AUGGCUACCCCUAGUGCCCUCGCUUUUGACGCUGAGGGUCAGGCCAUUGACUUCGAGGUCUGGGUAGAUGACCUGCAGCUUUUCUUACAGUGCGAUAGGGCAGACGGCCUUUCUCUCUUUGACCUCACCUCUGGCGCUUCCCCUGCCCCUGCUGCUGAUGCUGACGCCACUGUUCGUUCCCAGUGGGCCACGCGCGACGCUGCUCCACGUCUUGCUGUGCGUCGCCACCUCCCUACCUCCGAGCGUGCACACUUUAGUCAGUACAAGAGUGCUCAGACCUUGUACGACGCUGUAGUUGCGCGCUACUCCUCCCCUGCCACUGCUGCACUGAGCCGUCUCAUGCUACCUUACCUCUUCCCUGACCUUGCUGCGUUUCCCACAGUCGCUGACCUCAUUACGCACCUCCGCACUAGUGACACUCGCUACCGCGCUGCGCUUCCUGCUGACUUCUGCACCAAGAAUCCCCCCCCCAUGUACAUCACCCUCUACUUCAUAGUCACCCGACUCCUUGACUCCCUUAGAGUGGUCAGGAACCACUUCCUCGCAGUGUGCCCCACCACUCUCACCAUUGACCUCCUCGAGAAGUCCCUCCUAGCGGCGGAGAAGAGCAUAGUCGCUGUAGGAGCUUCUCAUCGUGACCCCAGCACCCCUGUCUUUGAGGGGUGUUCUCCCUCCCCCCUCUUGCCCUCUGCAGGGGCAAGGGGGGCAAGGGCGCUGGAGGAGCUGGCGGGGGCGGUGGAGGUGGCGGUGGAGGCGGCGGAGGGAGUGGCGGUGGUGGAGGGAGUGGUGGAGGGGGUGGGGGUACCGGUGGCAGCAGUGGAGGCGGAGGCGGCAGCGGUGGCGGAGGGAGCGGAGGAGGCGGUGGUAGCGGAGGCGGCGGUGGUAGUGGAGGCGGCGGUGGUGGCGGAGGCGGCGGAGGUGGCGGAGGAGGCGGAGGUGGCGGUGGAGCUGGUCGCGGGUCUACGCAGAGGAGUGGCUCCGGUGCGAGGUGGGGGUUUUGGUCCCUACACCUACGUCCUGCGCACCGGCGACCGUGCGGGUGAGCAGUGUGGGGGUGCGCACCCCACCCAGCGCUGCUUUGGCCACCUGACGGACGUGUGGCGUCACCAGUUCCCUGAGGCCACAAAGAUCCCUCGCUGGGGCGAGCUGUCUAGGGCGGGGGUAGCCAUCUAUGAUCUUGAUUUUGAUACUAUCUUGUCUGCUAUGUAUUCUGUGACUAUUAGUGAUGAGGGUGACUGUUACCGGUGCUUCCCGCCCGAUCCGGGCAUUGAGACUGCUGCUCUAGGUACUGGUGCGGCUGCUGCCCUAGGUGCUUGCGACGCUGCUGCUCUAGGUGCUAGUGUGUCUGCGUCCUCAGGUACUGGUGAGUCUGCGCUCUCAGGUACUGCGUCGGCUUCGGCCUCCCUCACCUUCACCCUUGACUCUGGGGCUUCUCGCUCCUUCUUUCGGGACCGCACCACACUCACGCCGCUUAGUCGGCCGGUUGCGGUGUCUCUGGCUGACCCCUCUGGGGGUCCUGUCCUGUCUCACUUCUCCACAGUCCUCCCGUGUCCGGCGGCUCCCUCUGGCACCCUGUCUGGUCUCUACCUCCCCUCAUUCUCUACGAACUUGGUGAGUGGUGCUGACCUACAGGAUGGGGGAGUGCACCAGUUCACUCCUGCGCGUCAACGAGUGACGCACUGCACAGAGGCUCGCACAGGCCGACACCUGGCUACGUUUACACGUCACCCGGGGUCGAACUUGUACACACUGACCACUGCGUCUCCUUCAGUUGCUGAGUCUGGUAGGGUGUCUGCGUCAGGUCAGGUGUUUGCUGCAGCGUCCAGGCAUGGCCUCUCGUCUUCUUGUUUCUCGUCUCCUCGCCGCGGAGAGUGUUGCGCGGGGGAUCGUGCUGGCCUGCCCGACCACGAGGGGACGGGCGGCGAGGAGGGCGAGGACGCGCAGGGGAGCGCUGAUUCCCCUCCCUGCGCUGAAAAUGUUCGCGAUGCUCGGGAGAAGGGCGGCGAGGAGAUGGCUGCCGAGGGGGCUGACGUGAAGGCGAACGCCCGCGCUCCUGCCGCGGCUGACCGUCAGGACGGUUCGACGCAACACGCGCAGGCGCCCUCGAAUACUCCGGGGAGGUGGGGCGCGCGGCGGGCCGAUGGGGAAGAGUUUGCACCCGCUCGAAGCGGCGGACUGGCUCGCUUGCGGAGGGGUGCGUAA